AAAUUUUUAAUAUAUUUUUUAAAAAAAAUUUUUUAUUUCAAGCCUGCAUUUCUUUGCAUUUAGUUUUGUUCAUUAAGCACAUUAAAAUGGUUGUAACAAAACUCAUCCAGAUUACCAAUCUAUCGGUUAGACAUUAUUCGACUCCAUCCUUUCCAUUAAAAGGCAUUCGAAUAUUAGACUUAUCAAGAAUCAUUGCUGGACCUUAUUGUUCUAUGGUUCUAAGUGACUUAGGAGCAGAAGUCAUAAAAGUCGAAAAACCAUUUAGUGGAGAUGAAUCUCGAAAAUGGGGACCACCGUUCUUGAAAAAUUCAUCAGAUUCAGUAUAUUUCAUGGCAUGCAAUCGUAAUAAACUGUCAAUAUGUGUAGAUUUAAAAAAAGGCAAAGAUGUCUUGUACGACUUAGCCAAGAAGAGCGAUGUCAUUUUAGAAAAUUAUUUGCCUGGAAAGUUAGAUAAAAUUAGCCUUGGAUAUGAAGUCAUUAAGAAAAUAAACCCAUCAAUCAUUUACUGCUCAAUUACAGGAUUUGGAUCAAAAGGUCCAUAUCACAAUAGGGGUGGAUAUGAUGUCAUAGCUGCAUCAAUGGGAGGUCUUAUUAAUAUUACUGGAGACCAAAACUCUCCAUCUAAAGUUGGCGUUGCUAUUACUGAUAUAUGCACGGGUUUAUAUGCUCAUGGUGCAAUUUUGGCAGCAUUAUAUCAUCGUAACAAUACAGGAAGUGGACAAAAAAUUGAAGUCGAUUUAUUUAGUACACAAAUUGCAUGCUUAAUUAAUAUUGCGUCAAAUUACCUCAAUGCAUCUAUUGAAGGAACUCGAUAUGGUACAGAACAUGCUUCAAUUGUUCCGUAUGCAUCUUUUAAAACAAAGGAUGGAUUUUUUACUAUAGGAACUGGAUCUGAUUCUCAAUUCACUGAACUUUGUGGUUGCUUACAUGUCGAGCAUUUAGCUAAAGAUGAGAAAUUUGUCUCCAAUUCAGAUAGAGUGAAAAACCGUAACGAAUUGUCAAAAAUCUUAAAGGAUAUUUUCAUAAAGGAAGCAAAUGAUCAUUGGUCAAAAACAUUUAAAAAUGCUUCAUUUCCGUUUGGUCCAGUAAAUAACAUGAAAAGUGUUUUUGAUGAUGAUCAUACAAAACAAAUUGAUAUUGUCAAAACUUUACAGCAUAAGGAAGCUGGAGAUGUACGUGUUGUAGGUCCUAAUGUUGUUUAUAGCAAUUCCAGAAAUGAGGCUUAUCUUGCUCCUCCAGUAUUGGGUCAACAUACAUUUGAAAUUUUAAAAAAUGUGUUGAAUUAUGAUGAUGAUAAAAUUAAGACCCUUCAAUCAAAAAAAAUUAUUCAAUAAAUAUUCCGAGUAAGUUUCAUGUGCCAAGAUUACGAUAGA